AUGAGACCUGAUAGAGGAUGGAUGUUGCGAAGAAAAGAUCAAUUUGGUAGUGUUACUGAGGAGUUCAGAAAUGGCAUUGAUGGCUUUAUUCAAGUAGCUAAAAGAGAUCCAAAAUUUGCUGAUGUAACAGGACGCAUUCCUUGUCCAUGUGGAAAAUGUAGGAAUCGUUAUUGGGAUAUAUCAUUUAAUGUUGAAAAACACUUGUAUCACCAUGGAUUUAUGGAUGGUUACACAAAUUGGACCCUUCAUGGUGAAGAAAGAUGGGCAGAUGUUGUGUCUUCUGGCCAAGAUCGUGUUGAAGAGAAUACAAAUCCAUAUCAUGAUAUGGUUAUGAAUGCCUUUUCCAUUAGAUCAAAUCCAGAAGUACAAGAAGUGGAAGAGGAUCCAAAUCCAUCAGCUAAGAAGUUUUUUAACUUAUUAAAGAAUGCUGAUGAACCUUUAUGGGAUGGUUGUAAGAAUCAUACAAGAUUGUCUGCAGUAACACAACUCCUAAACUUGAAGUCAGAGUUUAACAUGAGUGUUAGUUGUUAUGAUCGAAUGAUUGCUAUAAUCAAAAGCAUGCUUCCAGAGUCAGAAAGGUUGCCUGAAAAUUUGUACAGAUCAAAGAGAAUGGUGAGUGAAUUGGGAUUAGGAUAUGAGAAGAUAGAUGCAUGUCCUAAUCAUUGUAUGCUAUAUUACAAAGAAAACAGUGACAAGAAUGUUUGUUUGGUGUGUAAAGAACCACGAUUUAAACCCAAGACAACAACAAAAAACAAGGAUGUGCCUUACUCAGUGUUAAGAUAUUUCCCCAUUAUUCCAAGACUUCAACGCCUCUUUAUGUCUGUUAAUACUUCAAAAUAUAUGCGAUGGCAUGCAGAUGGAGUACGCCAACAUGAAUUAAUGAUGACACAUCCAGCUGAUGCAGAGGCUUGGAAAAAAUUUAAUGCAACUCAUCCUAAGUUUGCUUUGGAUCCACGAAAUGUCAGGCUUGGACUUUGCACGGAUGGUUUUAAUCCAUUUAGUAAUUCAAGUAGCCCAUACUCAUGUUGGCCGGUUUUUUUAACACCUUACAAUCUUCCUCCAAGUAUGUGUAUGAAAAGGGAAUACAUAUUUCUUACUCUUAUGAUUCCUGGACCCAAAUCACCUGGUAAAAGUUUAGAUGUUUAUCUCCAACCUCUAAUCGAUGAGUUAAAGAUCUUAUGGGAUAUUGGGAUUAAUACUUUUGAUGCAUGGAAAAAACAGAAUUUCAUUAUGAAAGCAGCAUUAAUGUGGACAAUAAGUGAUUUUCCAGCUUAUGGAAUGUUGUCUGGAUGGAGUACUCAUGGAAAAUUUGCUUGUCCCUAUUGUAUGGGGGAUAUUAAUUCAUUUACUUUGAAGAAUGGUGGUAAACCUUGUUGGUUUGAUUGUCAUCGUCGAUUUUUACCUAUCAAUCAUUCAUUUCGUCGUGAUCAAUGCUCUUUUAAGAAGUCAAUAGUUGAGAACUCUUUACUACCACAAGAAUUUAGUGGCAUAGAUGUAAUAAAUCAAGUAAAUCAACUUCAAAAAGUUACGUUUGGCUUGAAAUCAAGCAAGCAAAAGCAACCCGACUUUGGUAAAACACAUAAUUGGGUUAAGAAGAGCAUAUUUUGGGAAUUGCCUUAUUGGUCUACUAAUAUGAUUCGUCACAAUUUAGAUGUCAUGCAUGUUGAAAAAAAUGUUUUUGACAACAUCUUCAACACUGUGAUGGACAUAAAGGCCAAGACAAAAGAUACUGCAAAUGCAAGACAAGAUUUGAGGUUGAUAUGUAAACGUCCCAAGUUAGAGUUGGUGUUGGAGAAUGAGAAGUAUAAAAAACCAAAGGCAACAUAUGUCUUGAAUUCUGACCAGAGAAAAAUGGUGUGUGAAUGGAUAAAACAACUAAAGUUUCCAGAUGGCUAUGCGUCUAACAUUUCACGUUGCAUUAAUGUAGAUGAGGGGAAAAUAUAUGGGAUGAAAAGUCAUGAUUGUCAUGUUUUUAUGCAAAGACUUAUUCCUUUAGCAUUUCGUGAUAUGUUGCCAAAGCCUAUAUGGGGUGUUUUAACAGAGGUCAGCUUGUUUUUUAAAGAGAUUUGUGCAAAUGCAGUGCAUGCUUCUGUCAUGGAGCACGCUAAGAUUUCUAUCAUCGAAACAAUUUGUAAGCUUGAAAAGAUUUUCCCACCAGCAUUCUUUGAUUCAAUGGAACAUUUGGUUAUACAUCUCCCACAUGAAGUUAAGGUCGGAGGACCUGUGCAAUAUAGAUGGAUGUAUCCAUUUGAGAGAUGCAUGUUAUAUUUGAAAAGAAAGGUUCGAAAUAAAGCAAAGGUUGAAGGGUCCAUUUGUGAAGCAUAUGUUUUAGAAGAAAUUUCUAAUUUUGCUUCUAUGUAUUUUAAUCCAUCCAUUCAAACAAGGCGUACUCAAGUUUCUCGUAACGAUGAUGGUGGUGAAGAUAAAAAUACAGAAAAGAAAUUUGAGGAUUCAUUAAAGGAAACAAAUCCUAAUAUCUCUGACGAUGAAAUAUUGAUAUCUCGAGAUAAAGAUUUCAAUAGGUGGUUGAAGCACCAAGUGCUUGCUGGUCAAGUUGAGGAUCGAUUGAUUCGAGAGAUAAGUUACGGUCCGAUUAAGAUUGUAACUUCCUAUAAUGGUCUAAUAGUAAAUGGAUAUAGAUUUCAUACUAAGGAAUACAGAGCUAAUAAAUCUACCAUGAACUAUGGGAUAUGUGUUAGAGGAAAUAUAUACGGUGAAAAUGAUUUGGACUAUUAUGGAAUUAUUGAAGAAAUAUUAGAAUUGUCAUAUCCUGGAUAUCAAAACAAAAUAAUUAUCCUACGGUGUCAUUGGUUUGAUCCUUUCCAUGGUGUUAAAGUUGAUAAAUAUGGGUUGGUUGAUAUUAAGCAUAAGUCAAAGCUUCAGUCAAAUGAGCCAUUUGUAUUAACUGGACAAGCUCAACAAGUGUACUAUACAAGGUAUCCACAUAAUAAGGGUAGAAAUAAUGCUGAUUGGUGGACAACUUGCAAGGUUAGACCAAAAUUAUUUAUGGUUGAGACAUUAAAAAAUGAUGAGGAUUUUUCAAAUGAGAAAGUUGUUAAUGAUUAUUUUCAAGAUGAUGGAUCAAUGGGAAUGACAAAUAUUGUUCUGGAUGACGAGGAAAUACAAUUGUUUGAUGAUAAUGCCCCAAUGGAAGAGGUAAACAUGGAUGAUGUUCAUUAUCCGAUACACAAUGUGCAUAAUGAUCAAUUUUUCAAUGACAAUGAUGAGCUUCUGGAUGAAGACAUAAAGUUAAAUGAUUUAGACGAGGAGUUGGAUGAUUCAAAUUAUGAUUUAGAUAACUCAGACGAUGAGUGGCUAUGA